GCUGCCGAGUUAUCCGCAGCCAAUAAGGUGUUUCGAAAACCUGUCCAGUUCAUCAAAAGUAUAUCGCAAGUACAUCAGGCUCCUAAUCUGCCCAACAUUCCAGAAAUUGCAUUUGUUGGAAGAAGCAACGUUGGGAAAUCAACUUUAAUUAAUCUGUUGACCAAUAAUCACAAAUUAGUCAAAACUUCCAGCAAACCAGGCCACACACGUCUCUUGAACUUUUUUGAUAUCGCUGGUCGAUUAACGUUGGUGGACAUGCCUGGAUACGGUUUCCGAUCUCGCGAAGAGUGGGGCGAGCUAUCCAUGGGAUACUUUGCAGAAAGAACACAAUUGAAACGCAUCUUUCUACUCCUCGAUCCUACCGCCGGUCUCAAAUCCACUGAUUGUCAGUUAAUGAACCACUUGGAUGAAAGCGCGCUAUCGUAUCAAGUAGUGCUGACGAAAUGCGACAAACUGUCUCCAAAGGCAUUCUCGGAAUCCAAAGCGGCCAUUGAGAAAUAUCUCGUAAAGAAUGCCAUUUGCUGCUAUCCACAUAUUUUGGCCGUGGGCAAAAGGCGCAAAAGUCAAAAGAAUGAGGAUCAGGUAGAGAGAGAACUGUCCAUGAUCCGAUGGAGCAUCUUAUCAGCGGCUGGUAUUCCUCUGAAGUAAUUGCAUUCAAAACACCCACCCAUUGUACAUUUUUCUUUCCACAUACCUUUCUAUCCUUCGUCCUGUAUUUCUAGUUUGCAAAGUUUUAUAUAUGUUGAUACAU